CACGCGCCGGAUAAAUGCCCUCGGCGGGCCGCAUAUGGCCCGCGGGCCUUAGUUUGGGGACCCCUGGUCUAGGGGAUCAAGAAGCAAUUGGGACCAGUCUCUUUUAUUUGGUCUUUGAUUUCUGUCUUUUUGUCUAAAGGGUUUUUUUUCUUUUUCCUAAACAAAGAAAUUGGCAGAAGAAUGAGAAACAUAAGGAGCCAGCUGUAACAAAACCUGGUGCACAAAAACAGGUGUUUGGGAAGCAAAAGAGAAUGAAAACAAAAAGUAUAACCCAAGUGGAAGAAGAGAAGAGCUCCUCUUCCUUCCAGCACACGGAUCAUUCUGAACCUCUAACCUCAGAAUCAAAUAACAUGGAGUGCGCUGACUGUGGGGCAGUGUGCAAAUGUCACGCACAGUUAAACAUAGAUGUUGGUCCUCACAAAGGGGGGAAACCAUACAAAUGCAUGGAAUGCGGAAUGAAUUUUGGUCAGUCUCAUCAUCUACAGUCACAUAAAAAAACACACACAGGGGAGAAACCAUACAAAUGCAUGGAAUGUGGAAUGAAUUUUCGUCGGUCUCAUCAUCUAAAGUCACAUGAAAAAACACACACAGGGGAGAAACCAUACAAAUGCAUGGAACGCGGAAUGAAUUUUCGUCGGUCUCAUCAUCUAAAGUCACAUGAAAAAACACACACAGGGGAGAAACCAUACAAAUGCAUGGAAUGCGGAAUGAAUUUUCGUCGGUCUCAUCAUCUACAGUCACAUGAAAAAACACACACAGGGGAGAAACCAUACAAAUGCAUGGAAUGUGGAAAGUGCUUCAGCAAGAAAGCAAAUCUACAGGUGCAUCAAAGAAUACACACAGGAGAGAAGCCAUACAAGUGCAUGGAAUGCGGAAAGAGCUUCAGCGAUGGUGGAUCAUAUAGUAAACAUCUAAGAGGUCACACAGGAGAAAAACCAUAUAAAUGUAUAGAAUGUGGAAAGAGCUUUGGUGACGGGACACAACUUUGUAUACAUCAAAGAACACACACAGGGGAGAAACCAUACAAAUGCAUGGAUUGUGGAAAGAGCUUCAGUCAGAGUGCAAGUCUACAUGUACAUCAAAGAACACACACAGGAGAGAAGCCAUACGAAUGCAUGGAUUGUGGAAGGAGCUUCAGUCGCAAUGAGACACUACAUUCCCAUCAAAGAACCCACACAGGAGAGAAACCCUAUGAAUGCAUGGAUUGUGGAAAGAACUUCAUUCAGAAAUCAGCUCUCCGUGUACAUCAAAAAAGCCACACUGGGGAGAAACCAUACAAAUGUAUGGAAUGUGGGAAGAGCUACACUGGAAGACAACAUUUACAUGUACAUCAGUACACCCAUACAGGGGAGAAACCAUACGAAUGCAUGGAAUGUGGAAAGAGUUUCAGUGAUAGGAGAGCAUUGAAUGCACAUCAAAGGACUCACUCAGGUGAGAAGCCGUACAAAUGCAUAGAAUGCGAUAAAAUCUUUGGGUCCCGUUCAACUUUACUGACACAUCAAAAAAAUCACAGAGGAGAGAAACCAUACAAAUGCAUAGUGUGUGGAAAGCAUUUCAGUCGGACUUGUUAUCUGCGUGUACAUGAAAGAACGCAUUCCAGAGAUAAACCCUAUAAAUGCACGGAAUGUGGAAAGAGCUUCAGUCAGAUGGGAAAUCUACGUGUCCAUGAAAGGACACACACAGGGGAGAGACCAUAUGAAUGCACAGAAAACUGGGAAAACAUGUUGACUCGAGUAUAAGCUGAGGGUGGGAAAUGCAGCAGCUACUGGUAAAUGUCAAAAGCCAUGGUAUUCUCUGUAGUAACCUACGGAUGUGAGAGCUGGACCUUAGGGAAGGCUGAGCGAAGGAAGAUCGAUGCUUUUGAGCUGUGGUGUUGGAGGAAAGUGCUGAGAGUGCCUUGGACUGCGAGAAGAUCCAGCCAGUCCAUCCUCCAGGAAAUAAAGCCCGACUGCUCACUGGA